AGCGUUAGCAUUGCUUAAGUGUUUCGUCCAUUUUGUUUAGCUUAGCUAGCCUGGCUAACAUUAUCUGAGAUACUGUGCAGCAGAGAUGGAUGACGGUGACGAGCCGGGUCUAGUCCUCUCUCACAACACUUCUUCGGGCUCUAAGUCGGGCGGGGACAAGAUGUUUUCCCUAAAGAAGUGGAACGCUGUAGCUAUGUGGAGCUGGGACGUUGAAUGUGAUACUUGUGCCAUUUGUCGGGUGCAAGUGAUGGACGCUUGUCUCCGAUGCCAGGCGGAAAACAAACAGGAGGACUGUGUUGUUGUAUGGGGAGAAUGCAACCACUCCUUCCAUAACUGCUGCAUGUCCCUUUGGGUGAAGCAGAACAAUCGCUGUCCCCUCUGCCAGCAGGACUGGGUGGUUCAAAGAAUCGGCAAAUAAGGUCCAACUCCAGGCGACGUAAUUCUCAGACGACUCUUCUAUGCACCCAAAAGGGGUGACAGACUUGACAUUGAUCAGUGCUAUGUCCUGUGCACAGCCACAUUGACAACUGCCCUCUCCUUAGGAUCGCAUGUUCCAGCUGCCCUGGUGUCAAAGAAGUAUAGUGGACAAAAUUAAAGCAACAUAGGCCUGUUGGUCAUCGAUUCAUGUGAUGGGGCUGGAGGGAUCUAGAGUCGAUAAGAUACGAAUGAACCUUGCUGCAGUGUUUGGUCAGUUGUUGUAGCUUAACAUCAUUAUUGUUUGUGGUGGUGUUCAGCACAUCUUUAAUAUGUGACUGUCUUUUUAAAAAUAAAGAGUUGUGUAUAGCUGUA